AUGGCUUCAAAAUCGACUUCUUUACAAAAAUAUGUCAAAUUGGAAAAAAAUCAAAAACUAAUAGAGUUCGCUAAGGAGAAUCUAAAUCAUAUUCCUAGCGACGAUAAUAAUUGGGAAAGAAUGAUUUCUGGGAUGUUAUAUAACCCAGAAGCUGAAAAUUUGGCUAUAACAAGAAUGAAAACUAGAGAUUUUCAAUUAGAUUAUGGUAAUUUUAGAUUUAGAGAUUAUAAAACUACAGAUGAAUAUUCAACUGCCAAAAGAGAAUAUUUGGAAACAUUUAUUGGACACGUUGGAGAGGGUACAUUCAUGGAAUAUCCUGUAUAUUUUGAUUAUGGAUUUAACACAUACUUGGGUAAGAAUUUCUACAGUAACUUUAAUUUAACCAUUUUAGAUUGUUCAAUCGUUAAAAUCGGUGAUAACGUAUUAUGUGGACCAAAUGUAUCAAUUUUAACUCCAUUACAUCCAAUAGAACCUUAUUUAAGACUAACACCAAGAAAGGAAGUUUUGGAAAGUGCCAAACCGAUUACUAUAGGGAAUAAUUGUUGGUUAUGUUCUAAUUGUUCAAUUAUGGCUAAUGUUGGUAACAAUUGUGUUAUUGGUGCAAAUUCAAUUGUAUCUAAAGACAUACCAGAUAAUUCGUUGUUCUUGGGUAAUAAAAUAAUCAAAAUUUUGGAAGAAACUGACACUAAUGAGAAUAUUGAAGCUUUAUUAAAAGAGUAUGGAUUUUAUGAUUCAAGAAAAUAG